ACCAAAAAUGGAUCAAGGACAACCGACUAAUAUAUAUACGUACAUGUUCCAUUGAAUCAAUAGCCUUCACUGAUGACUGAAAUAUAAGUUCCAGGGCGUUUGCGACGUUCUCGACGCUUUUCACCAGCUACGAUACCAGCAAAACAUCCACUUCUCAAUUUACCAAAAUGGAUCUCUCCAAUACAGCACACAUAGAGCAACCUCAGCGUCACAACAGCAAGACAUCACGACCUCUAAAUCGCAGCACAACAACCAAAGUCCCUCUACGAACAAAACCCAACCUCUCCCUCCAUAUCCCACAGAAUCCCUUUUGCCACUUCAAAGCAACGUCGCCAUCACCAGCUCACAAUGUUACUUCUCUCCGCCCCUCCAUACCACGCCAGAACUCCGUGCAGACACGUUAUAUGAACAUGCUGCUAGACCUUGACGCAAUUCCUAGCCUACACAAUAUUUACGCAUCCUUCUUCACGUGGAUUCUACUAGCUGGCUUCGUCAUCUUCCCCAGUACAUUCACCUCUCUCAAUGCCCUCGGCGAGAAUUCAACCAUCGCAUCAUCACAUGCCGCGACCGACAUCCUGAAAGAAGUCAAGGACGUACCGCUCUUGUACAUCGCAGCGUUCUGUUCCGGAAUUGGAGCCGCGGGUAUGAUAUGGCUCUGGGUGCAGUGGCGAGCCAAUUUCGUCUGGCUCCUCAACCGCAUCUUCUUGCCCGGGUGCUUGAAUAGUUUUGCGGGGCUGAUCUCAACGUUGACUAAUGUGUAUUCGCAGCAUGGGGGCAAUUGGAGCGUCACGGCUUGGGCUACGGCUGCGGUUACGGGUGGGGUUAUGGUUAUCACGGGGGGUCUGUUUGCCUUGUAUAAUUUUUGGUUGUUGGAGGCGGUGAAAAAGAGACAUGAGUUGGAGAUGGGGCAGUGGAAUAAGGGGCACGGAUAUGAGGGGGGUAUGGACAAGAUUGGGCGGAAAACUCAUGAGCCCUUUGAGGAAUCAGGCAGUAUGGUUUGAAUUUUAUAUAAUAAACUUGCAGUUAGGAAAGGUUAGCGUUCUUUGGAAGACCUGGGUAGAUUUGGGCUCUUUGAAGGAUCAGAGUCGCUUCGCUACAAGGAAAA